AUGCAUCCAGUCCUAAAGGCCUUUGUGUGUGGCUCCAUCAGUGGGACUUGCUCCACACUCCUCUUCCAACCCCUUGACCUGCUGAAAACCCGCCUGCAGACUCUGCAGCCUGCUGCUAAUGGGUCCAGUCGUGCUGGGAUGGUAACGCUGCUCUUUAGAGUUGUUCGUACAGAGAGUCUUCUGGGGCUCUGGAAAGGUGUCUCUCCAUCCUUUGCCAGAUGUAUUCCUGGGGUUGGGAUUUACUUCAGCACUUUGUACAUGAUGAAGCAAAAGUUUCUAGUGGACCGUUCACCUACAGCCCUGGAGUCUGUCUUUCUGGGUGCCACUGCACGUGCAGUGUCUGGGAUUUGCAUGUUGCCAGUGACUGUAGUGAAGACCCGAUAUGAGAGUGGAAGAUUUGGCUAUGGGAGUGUAUAUGGAGCUCUGAAGAAUAUCUAUCAGACGGAAGGGGCUCGUGGCAUGUUCAGCGGGCUCACUGCAACGCUGCUGCGGGAUGCACCCUUCUCUGGGAUCUACCUGAUGUUCUACACACAGACUAAAAAGCUCACGCCUCAAGGCCAAUUGGACCCAGUGCUCAUGCCCUUCCUGAAUUUUGGCUGUGGGAUAUUUGCGGGAAUCUUGGCCUCACUGGCAACACAGCCUGCUGAUGUUGUCAAAACACACAUGCAGCUGUCCCCGCAAAAGUACCGCAGGACAAGCCAGGCCUUUGCCUUCAUCUACAAGGACUUCGGGUUGGUUGGCUUUUUCCGAGGUGGUGUGCCUCGUGCCCUCAGGCGGACUCUGAUGGCAGCAAUGGCAUGGACGGUGUAUGAGCAGAUGAUGGAAAAAAUGGGUUUGAAAUCUUGA